UCAAACACUGAAACAGGUUACCUACAGAGAUUGUGGAGUCUCCAUCCUUGGAGUUAUUCAAAACCCAACUGGACACAAAGCCCCGAGAACCUGCUGUAGUUGGCCCUGCUUUGAGCAGGGGGUUGGACCGGGUGAUCUCCAGAGCUGCCUUCCCACCUCAGCUGUUCUGUGAUUCAUUUCUCUAAGGUGUAUCGGCAGAUCUGGAGAAGAGUAUCAUGAGGGUCUGACUGGCAGGACUUUGGUCUAGUGCUGGUCUACUCUCUAGUACUCAGCCCUGCGCACAAAACCAGUUUAGCACACCUGGUACUGACAUGAGACUCAACAUGAGACUUUAGGUCUUUUGCAAUAGGAGCAGGGAAUUUCUAAAGCAAAUAUACUGUGAUUCAUUAGUGGAUUGCGUAACCUGCACUUUAUUGCCAGCAAAGUAGAUUUCCUUUAAAAGCCGUGAUCUCAUCCAGUUCUCUUUGUAGAUUGGUUAGCUAAAUUUAGAAACAUCAACCUAUUCCUUUAAAUACAAUGUUCAUCAUAAUGAUCUUCGUAAAGUGGUGGUGAGUCCUCUAUAUAGGGGAAUCUGUGAUCUAAGGAAACUGAAGCGAUAACAAGAUUGGAAGAAACCGAUCUAAUACUGAAAAUCAAGAAAGGAAGAUUGAUGCUGGAAAUUACUAUCCUGCAUGGCUGCCCUUAGGAGAAAGCUAACUGUUGUCGGAGAUGACAGCUGUGGUAAGACAAGCCUCCUCUUUGCUCUGUGCCAUGAACAGCUUCCCAAAUGCUAUGAGCCGACUGUGUUUGACACUUAUGCCACUGACAUAGACGUUGAUGGGAAGGAUAUGAAGCUAAUUCUCUUUGAUGUGGCAGGGAAGGAUGAAGCCACUUACCAAAAUCUCCGCUCAGUUUUCUAUCAGGACACGGACAUUAUUUUAAUGUGCUUUUCCGUGGACAAGCCAGACUCACUGCAAAACAUUCUUGAUAUUUGGAUUCCAGAAAUCCAACUCUUCUGCCCCACAGUACCUAUUAUUCUGGUGGCUACCAAGAUCGAGCUAAGGGAUGAUGAAAGUAUCAAGAAGAAACUAGCCACUCCAGGCAAAGAGCCAAUUAGCACUGCAAAAGGAAAAGCUUUGGCUGCUAGCAUUGGGGCAUAUGCUUACCUGGAGUGCUCUGCCAAGACAAAAGAAGGGGUUGAUACAGCCCUGGAGAUUAUUAGCCAAUGCGUGUUAAAUGAGAAAAGGAGGAGAAGGAGGAGGCAUCAUAGGUCCUGCCGAAUUUUGUAAGAAGAGUAAAUAUUAUUUUGCUGUUGGAUUUCAUGAUGUGGAAAGCGCUCACAGGCAGAAGAGGUGAAGUAAAGGGAAUGCCAGCAACUACACUUUCAGCUUUGCAAGUCACUAACAGUCUGGAAGGAGACUGAGGUGUGUUGUCAACCUAAACCAGAGAAUCUCAAAAAGGCACAGAGAUGGACCAAAAUGGAAAGGCUUGGGGUGCAUCUCUGUACUCCUCCCUUCUCUGAAGCAGUGAAUGCUGCCAGCACAAGAAACUGAGUUAUGAAUUCACAUUAAAGGUGCAACACUGGGAGCUGGUAAAUAAUGUGAAUGCAGGAUUUGAAAGGACGCGUGCUGUAACUGAGUAAGCAAAUGGAAAAAAAUUCUAAGGUGAACUCCUUAGGAUCCUGAAAUAAAGGGACAGAGCUGUGAGUGUCAUGAAGUGUGACUAUCAUGAACUAGGAGAAUACGGCAGGCUAGCAUUUUUCUUCACUGACUUCCUCUGUGGUGGCUUCGUCACGCUGGCAGCUGGGUUACGGUUCCCCAGGAGGAAACAAAAUGAGAAUAAACACAAAUUUCUAAACUGAUUAUGCUACCUGGAGCUGUGCACUUCACAAACUAGCUUUCCCAGCUGGGAAACCUAGUAAAAUACACACUUAAGAUAUUUUCUUACCCAUUCUUCCCACCAGUAUUUGUCUGUUGAUGGUAUCAUGGUAUCAUGGGUAGAAAUGCUAGAGUUGGCCCAGUAUUCAUUACUGAAUGGUUUGCUACUUUCCUUCUACAUCACUUUUAAGUAGUAGUUUUGAAAUCUACAGUCUGGGGCAUAACAAUAGAUAUUUCAAGGAUGAUACUUUACAGUUCUAAAAGUACCUUUCUUCCAAGAGUCUCAGAGCACUUUUCAACAUGCAUUACCAACCCAGUUCUUGGUAAUAAGUAGGUGUUUUUUCCAUUUUCAAAAAUGAGAAACUUAAACUGCAUGGAGAUUAAGUGAACUGCCUGAAGUAAUUGCAAACCAUCUACUUUCUGGAGCUUCCUUUUUUUGAAUCUUUUUCCUUGCCCUUUCUUUUUGCCCUCCUGGACCAUUCUCAACCUUCAUUUCCUUUCCCCUCUGUUUAUAGUAAUCUGCUCAAUGCAACCUGAUAUUGUUCCUAAAUUUAGAAAAGAAAUCCUGUUCUCCACUUGCAACUUGGAUGUGAGUUUGUGUUGUGCAGAGGUGCUCUCCUGAUUCAGGUAAUAACAUACAUUAGUGCUUUUCAAAGAGCUGUAUUUAUGUAGAUGGCUUUAAACUGUUAUUUCCAUUUUAUAAGUUUGUGUGUGGGUGAGGAGGAUUAGACUGUAGAUAAGUAAAAGAACGCAGGUGUCUCAGGUGUCUCUGAUGUGGGAUAUUGAAUUGGAGGGAUACAGUUUUGCAAAGAUGCCAAGCACUUACUGCUCCCGCUACUUUGAAAGUGGAGACCACUUUGAGCUUGCACUGAGUGUUUCUCAGUGGAACACUGGCCAACAUGUUGUCUGGCAUCUUUCUUUAAUCUAAAUCAACAAAUAUUUUCCUUCAGAAGGGUGCUUUCUUCAAGA